AUGUCUGCUGCCCAAUAUCCUCUGGAUCAGACAAUAAAUGUCACAAUCUGCGUCAUGUAUGAACGAAACACUGUCGGCCUGCUGUAUGACUUCAAUCGAGCACAACCGGCUUUGGACAUGGCGCUGACCUAUGUGAACGAAGCGGUGGUGGCACCGGACAUGUACGUUAAUGCCAUCUACCGGGACAUCGGACCCUAUUGCACCGAUCCCGGUCUGACAAAUGCGGCCCAGCAUGCAUUGUAUCUCCAUGAUCAAGGAAUUCACUGUGAUGUCUAUUUGGGGCCAGGGUGCGGUUCUGCAGCCGAACCAUUGUAUGAUCUGGCAGUAACGUGGGACAAACCCGUGAUUGGUUUACCGUCAGCCAGUGUCGGACUGCUGAUAACACCGUAUUAUUAUGACCAUCUGACCAGGAUGUCAUUUGCUUUUCCUACAUUGAAUGCCGCCAUUGUGUCGUUCUUGAACUAUUUCAACUACACAACUCCAGCCUUCUUCUACGAUACCUCGCUGAAUUUCUUUUCGGAAGCUGGCCAACUGAUUAUGGCAUCGCUACAGCAAAAUUACACUAAAUUAUAUUUGGCCAGUAAAGUGUUUCCCUUUAACAGCUCGUUAGCUACGGAUGCUUCCCUGACUGAAUUGUUACAAACCGCAUCCAGAACAUCACGAGUUUUUUUCAUCUUGAUGGAUGCCGGAGACACGCGGAAGCUUAUGAUGUUGGCGCGUCAGCUGGGCAUGGUCGGAGGCGAUUAUGUAUUCAUUGCGGUUGAGUUAUUUGACAGCGAGGUAUGGGGAACUUUUACUUGGAGAAAUAACGACGCAAAUGAUCAGGCUGCACGGGAAGCAUACCGAGCUCUUUUAAUAAUAUCACUUGACAUAAACAACAAAAACGAUGAAAGUGCCGAUAAUCUCCGGACAUUUUGGAAAGAAGUAGUCAAUUUAUCGAAGACGAAGUACAACUAUACCUUCCCGCAGAUAUAUACAUCCCGUGUUGAUCCGGUCGUAGCUCACUUCUACGAAGCUGUGGUGAUGUACGCGUCGCAAGCGUACGUAAUGCAUCAGCAGAAUAUGUCCUACCAAAGCGGCGAGGCUUUCUGCUCGUUCGUGUCUUAUAAACAAUUCUCAAGCCCUCUGACUGGAACAUACUCGUUGGACGAAAACAGCGAACGGCGCAGUCCUUACGUGGUGAAGAUCAUGGAUGACCAGACAGGCCAAUAUGUGAUAAUGGUGCAAAUUGAUCCGGACGCUGUUCUGACGGUAGUAGGGGCGUUCUCCUUCGUCGGCCACCCUAAGCUACCACCUAAUGAGCCGCGAUGUGGUUUCCGAGACGAUAAUCCAAUCUGUAUUGCUGAAAGGUCAGCGCUGCCGAAGGGAACCAUUGAAUCAUCCGUCAGCGUGCCGCUUUUGGUGUUUUUCGGUGCGGCUCUCGGUGUAGCGUACGCCAUAAGACGUUCGUUGCAAGAUGAUUCCGAUCCGUUCUGGUGGCGCAUAAUAUUGGCGGACAUUGAUAUUUCGAACACGUCCACUACCUCGCAUCGCUCGUCAGUAAGUCCAGAAACUUGUGAUUUCGGGUUUUAG